AUGCCUCCCACUACCCCAGUUGGUGACGAGGCCAGUCUUCCACAAAGCCAACAAGUGGGAGACGAUGCACCCGCGCCCCCCGCUUAUACAUUUAUGCGGGGGUUAACAAACGAUGCCCUUACAGCUCUAACAAGUGCACAAAAGAGAUUCAUAUCGUCUAUUCGCUUCCUUGAGACUACGCCCGACCUCACCGGUAUCCAUUUGAAAAGGACUGUAGCUGAUAUGUUUCCACCAGCUUCGCUGUUCCGCCAGGAAAUAUGUGACCUUCCUGCGGUGCAUAUAGAGUUGCGAAACUUUCUUGACGCGAAAGGAGCAAACUUAGCGCAACACUCUUCCCAUCGUGUGGUCAUGACACUAGCCCACGGUUUGUAUGAAGAGACAGAGGACACACAAGCCGCAAUUGAAAUGGCUCGUGAAAUUAUUGCUGCAGGACGCCGCCAACGCCCCCAUGCUCCCAGCUCUUCCUCCCAUGGUGAACAAUCACCCGUGCCAAGGACAAGCGGAUCCUUCAGUACCCCGACUGAGAAGGUAGCCCAUAACGUCGCUAUGCGAAUGAAGGAGAAAGAGAAGAAAUUCUCAGGGGACUUGGGCGAGUCCUGGAUGGAGUAUGUAGACGACUAUCUUCAGAUUUCCAGGGACUACAACCUCAGUCCUCCUCAGCGACUCCAGUUUCUUCACAAUUUACUGCGAGGGGAUGCUAAAAGGUAUUAUCUUGACAAAAUCGAUGGAUAUGCGACCAGCUUUCAGCAAGCUAUCCAAAUGCUCGAGGAGGAGUACAACUCCCCUGUCCGCCAAACUCGGGUCAAGAACUAUCUCAACUCCCUCCGCGUGACUGUUUUCGCUGCAGAAGGGAAGGAAAUGUCCGCUGCUCUAGCUUUGACUUACAAGUCAAUUAUCAUAUUCUCCCGUCAAGGUCCGCGCUCCCAUCAAGGAGACGCUCACAAGGUUGAAUUCCUCCGAAAUGCUGUUGUAGGAAUGCCAUGGUCCAGCGAACCGCUCAGUAGAGUGGCAACGCACCAACUCACAUUCCAACAACUCUACUCAGAGCUUGAAGCAGCGCUACAACUGGAUAAAGAGUCCAAGAUAGCAAUCAUUCGCGAUCAUGCACAACUGAAUCAGCGUUCCGUUUCCCAUGACAGCUGGGCCGGCAUUCUGUACACUGGACAGGGCAGGUAUUACAACAAUUCCCCCUACCCGCGUGAACGAGACCAGACAAGUACCCGGCAGCCUCGCUUUGGCGGAAGGGCUUUCAGAUCACCCUCUACGACUAAGCAGAAGGUAAAGUUCAACCCGCUGACAGUAUCGGGUUGCUUCAAUUGUGGAGGUAACCACUUGCUCAGGGACUGCACUCUCCCGCUCAACACAUCUAGAGCAGCAACCCGUAAGAUGGAAUACUACGCAAAGAAGGCAGACACAAAGCCAAUUGCCGUCCAUCAUGUCCUCGCCGACUUAUGCAAACAACUUGACAUUGGCUCUGUGCCGGAAGAUGACUCGGAAGAGGAGACAGAAACGACGGACAUAACUAUAUUUGAAAGCAUUCUAAGCGGAAAUGACACAACGGAUGAUGUCGACUCCACAGAACAUCCCACGGACUCAGGCUGUGACGCUAUUAACCACGUCUACCUCACAAGCAAGUCAUGGAACGUGACUGUAAGCGACCCCUUUCACGGGAUAUGCAUAGAUUCAGCCGCUCAAAAAUCUGUCGUUGGUGUUGAGCAAGCCAAAGCAUACUGUAGCUUGUUCAAUGUCCCCUACAGUCCUUCAACAUCAAAUGCCAAGAACGUUUUCAGCUUUGGGACGCACAAACAUCUCGGGCUUGGUUUGUUGACAGUGCGGGUCCCAAUAGCACCAACACACUUCAUUUCUCUCUCGGUUGAAGUUGUAGAUACCAAUGUUCCCUUUCUCCUUGGACUGGACAACAUGGAGAAAUACAAGAUGGUAGUUGAUACGGAUAAGGGCAUGCUAUCUUCGAAGCUUGAAGGGUGGCAGAUACGCCUUCGGAAGAAACUUGGUCACCUGUACUAUGAAUGGGGACCGAACAUAUUAUUCACGGAGUCCGAACUUAUGAAAGUACACAGACACUUUCAUCAUCCUGAUUCUGAGCGCCUUUACUCCGUAAUGAGCCGCGCUGAACCCGAUAAGACAUCACCGGAAGUACUCCGGACCUUGAAACGAAUCAGCUCUACGUGCGAUCUUUUCCAACGUCGCAGUCGGGCCCCUCAUCGUUUCAGAGCUUCAUUACCUGAUGCGGAUGUAGUGUUCAAUCGAACCUUAUGUUUGGACCUUAUGUAUCUGGAGAACACACCAGUACUGCAUGUUGUGGACAAGGACACCAAGUUCUCUGCAGCUGCAUUCCUCGGAAAGGAGACUGCAGACGCAACUUGGAACACUUUCAUGAACAUUUGGGUCUGUGUGUACAUCGGGUUUCCCGACGCCAUGGCAACAGACCAAGGACCACAGUUCAAGUCACAACGAUGGAAGACGCUCUUGUUGUUGGCGGGAAUCAAGCACUUCCAGUCUGGGGUGCAGAGUCAUAAUGCUUUGGGCGUUGGAGAACGAUAUCAUGCCUUUCUGAGGGAUAUAUAUCGCAAAGUCCGACUCCAACACCCAGGGAUUGAAAGGAGUCACUGUCUUUCGUUGUCAUUAAAAGCAAUGAAUGACACGGCAGGAUAUCAUGGUUUGGUACCUACGCUCCUCGUGUUUGGUGCAAUGCCAAGGAUACCAAUUGUUCCUAUGGACUUACCCGCGCAGAUGAACCGUAUGAAAGCUAUGGAAUCUGCGCGAAAAGAGAUGGCGUCUGUCAUGGCCAAGGAACGACUUUCUAGGGCCGUGCGCAUGAACGUCCCAUCCGCAGCGGACAAGGAUAUAGUAAUAGGCUCUCGUGUACUUCUCUAUCGAGAAAAGCCAGAGGACCAAUGGACUGGACCAUACCUUGUUCUUGAUGUCAAAGACAAGAGUGUAACGAUACAGCUCGAGGGAAAGAUUAUGAAUACAUCCAUCGACAAAGUUAAAUCAUACAACAGCCCUCCUGUUAUCCCAGACUGCACACCGCUUGCAGUGAAUAUCGAUGAUUCAUACAAUUUCACUGCCGACAAUGAAGAUGUGUUAAGGGAUAUAGACACGAUACUUGAAAGAAUCAGGGGGACGCCUCCUCCAGCACCAAACGGGUUUAGCGAUACUGCGCGACAGGAUGUAAAUGUGCCGUUAAGCACCCCCGACAUGCUCACAAGAAAUGAGAUCACGUCUGAAACGCAAGCACUCAUGACACAGGUCAUUGAUCAAAGCGACAUCGCUACAAAGUCGUCUAAUUCGACUCGGAUCAUUGUGUCGGUAUCUGCGAUCAAAGGAUUUCGCCUCUUUUCUCAUGACGUGAGACAAGCCUACCUACAAAGCGAGGAAAAACUGACACGCAAGGUGUUUCUCCUCCCAAAAAGGGCAGAUCUCAAGUAUUUUGGUCUUUGUGAGGAGGACAUACUCGAACUUCUUAAGCCUAUAUAUGGUAUGACAGACGCUGGAGACUAUUGGGGAGUUACAGUUGACCGUCACGUCAAGCGUGAUUUAGGCCUAAUUUGGGACAACUUUGAGUUCUUCGGAACCUCAAUCCAAACUCAUGCAGACGGCUCGUUCUCAGUUACACAGGAAGCUUAUACAAAGAAGCUUAAGCAUAUACCAAUGGACGCAUCAUUUGAACGUUUUAGGUCUUACCGGUCUGUCCUGGCAUGGAUUGGCUACACACGACCUGACGCUCUAUGUGCCAUAAACAAAGCCGCGCAAGUAACGGAGAAGACUUUCGGGAUAGAAAAACUGAAGUCUUUCAAUUGCACAGUUAAACACCUGAAAGGGACACAUAGCAGGUGUCUAAAUUUCUACCCAUUGCAGAAGGACUCUCUUCACAUGAGGGUUUACACUGAUGCUUCUUUUGCCGGAAAUGAUGAUCUUUCGUCGCAACUCGGGUUCAUAAUUCUGCUAUGUGAUACUUCAGAUCGUGCUCACAUACUGGAAUAUUCAAGCAGAAAGUCGAAGAGGGUAGUUCGGUCUAUACUGGGAGGAGAUGUAUACGCUUUUGCUUCCGGUUUUGAUCGUGCUUUCAUUCUGAGACACGACUUGGAAACGAUCUUUGGAAUGAAGAUCCCUCUGCAUAUGCUUACGGACUCACUACAAAUGUUUGAUGUGAUUACAAAAGGUUCGUCCACCACUGAGAAAAGGCUCAUGAUAGACAUAGCCUCAGCUAGGGAAUGCUAUAACCGACAAGAAAUCUCGCACGUAGGCCUUGUUUCGUCAGAACACAACAUAGCAGACGGUCUCACAAAGGAGACCCCUAACAACGCUCUUGAGAGGCUUAUAAGUAGUGGCUAUGACCGCAAUCCGGUCAAGAAGUGGAUUUAUCGUACACAGCCAAGUUCUGCCAUCGGAAAAGUGGCAGUGUGA